AGGAUUGUUGGCGAGACGGUGAGCUCACAUUAAUGCCACUAAGCAACUGAUUUUGAUAGCAUGUGUAUGACGUCACUGAUCAACAUCAAAUGAAAUGCCUCAAAAGACCAGUCUGUACCAGCGGCUAACAUAGUGUAGGGUGAAGUCCUGGUCCUAACAGCUAUAUGUGCACGAGCAGUUUCUCAGUGUGGGAAAUCCCAACCAUGACUAAUCACAUUCACAUUAUACAGCGGCCGUCAAAUAAUGUUUCAUGUUUUGCACUAUGCGAAACAUCAUGUGCAAAGGUCACGUUUGCUGUUACAAUCGAAUGCGACAUUGUCUGUUGAAGCUACUUCCCUUCGAAUGCAUAAAUUCAAGCAUAGACUGUGAGCAACGAAAUUCGUUUGUGGGUCGAGUCCGGAUUAGACUGCUUCAGUUGACACCGCCGUACCACAGCCAGUUGCCCAAACCUGUGACGCGGUAAAAAUGGAAGGGAGUGAAGACAGAGCUGUGGUACCAGGUCAUUUUGAUCUACCUUUGCCAUCCAACACAGAGUCCAACAUUGACAAGAAUCUUUUCACUACAAAACUCACUGAGUUACAAGACGACCUGAGGGCAAGACGUGACCGUCCAGAGGAGUUGGCUAUUCAGAACGUCAUGGGAGUCUUGUCUUUCAGAAUAAAAGAUUACGAGGGUGCCCUUGGUUAUUUUGAAGCUGUUCUUUCCAAGGAUAAAAACAAUCUUAAUGCCUUGGCAAAUAAGCGAGAUGUUUAUAAGCACCUGACUCGAACUGCUGAUGCAAAGCGUCAUCAGGAUAAACUUGAUGACUUGUUGCAAGUUGGUGAGUUACCGCCAGAAGAAGUCAGACAGCGCCGUUAUCGCAAAGCUCGUUGCCUUGCUGAGCAUGCGUAUGCAUUUGCAUGUGACAUCCAUAUCGAUAGACCUGGUGAAAUUAGGUACGACCAAUCAAAUUAUCUUUACGAUGAUGCAUUCACACUUGGCGGUGAUCUAGUUGACACCCUGGAGAGAGAUAACUGGAAGUUUUGCAAGGCUAAAAACGCUCAUAAAAUAGUUGAUUUCUGCGUCAGCAACGGAGAAUACGCCAAGGCUGCGUCCAACCUGGAAUCCGCUGUGAACUUGUUCUUUGAAGUCACCCAGAGCGUUCCUGGGGACCCCGAAUUCAAGUGGGAGAGCUGGCGUCACUUGGCUGACCUCAUACGGGCAACUAAAGUUAAGAGGGAUUUGAAGGGGUUUCAAUUUCGGGAUGAAUUGCAAGAACACAGACAGAAUCCCGAGAUGUGCAUGAAGAACGCCGCAGAGAUUGCGCCUGAUAGUCCAAAGAUGUGGGCACGUUAUGCCAAUUUCGUUCACUCUUUGAACAAGAUGCACAAGCGAGCGGAGGGCACUAAGAGAGCCAAGGAGAUGCUCCAACGGUCAAUUCAUUUAGACAGCUCUAAAUACAAUUUCUAUGCAUUUUCGACGCGAGGAAGGAUAACUUUAGAUAACUACAGAUUUUAUAGGACCGAGUUUGAGAAGAAUUCUAAGUACAGCCACCAUCCAGCUAUAAGACAUUUGGAAGAUGCCAAACAAGACCUUGAGACCUCUCUCGCCAUGCGCGAGACACCUUGGGAUUUCUCGUACUUAAGCGAAAUUUAUCACCUGCGUACUCAGCAUCCUGAGAUGCAGAAUAAAGACAACGUCACUAAGCAGGACUUAGAAAAGGCAAUACUGUAUUCACGGAAGGCAUUAGACUGUCAAAACGGGGAGAAUCGUCGAGAGGUGCAUCUUGUGUUUGGGCAUAUUCUCUUCGACAUGGGAGAUCUUCCAGAGACAAUACAAUGCUUUAAAAAGGCAGUCGAACUUGAGCCAAAAAGGGACGCACACAGCGGAAACUUCACUGAAUUACUGAAAGCGUAUUUACAUCGCCUUCGGCUCGAGUCCAGUCUCAGUGACGGUGGGCCUUUCUUGGAUGAAAUGGUGCUCGCAUUGAAAACAGCCCAGAUCAAGUACGGCAGAAGCAGCCUGGAAAAACACACCAUCAGCAAAUUGAAGUCAGAGUACCUGGCAGAGAUUAAGAAGGUUGCGGAGUACUGUGAGCGGCGCACAGAGCAUAAGGACCUGGUCCCACUCCUGACGUCAGUGGCCGAAAAACCGCCGUUCUCAAUACCUGUCCACACUGGGCGUCCCAUGGAAGAACAUCGGAAGGCAUCGUCGGAGCAAAAUGUUGGCGCACGCCCACUGUCGGGAGCUAGUUUAGAAUCCUUUCAAUAAUUAUAUCCAAUGGCGCAGCCACGGGGGAUCGGGACGGGGUUGGGGUAGGCUGGGGACAAGUACCUGUGGGAACUCCGCCCCUUCUACCCUCAUCCCCCCCCCGAAGAGUCUGGCUAUGGAGCCAAGGGGGAAGCUGACCCCCUAUAGGGACUGGGGAUUCCCCAAGAGUGUGGCUACAAUGCAUGCUGGGCAACAUACAACUGUUGGCUGGAAUUCCAGCACCAUAGAUGGAAUGCAUGGGUGAAGAAGUGAAAGGCUUCUGAAAACAAGAAGCGAACGAGAAGCUGAUGUCAAGAAGUACAAUAAAAGUGUGUAGAAGAUUCGUUAGUUACAUGUGUAGUGGCCAUGGACAGAUGGUUAGGGUUCACUGUUUGUUAGAGCCAGAGUUUUGCAUUGUUUAUUCGACCCCCCCUAAUUUUGUUGGUGUAAGUACGUGUACUGUCUGCUGCUGUUUGGUGCCUAGCUGCGGGGUGCGCCAGGAAACAGGCAGAGAGGUUCCAGCUAGCAGUUAGGUAACACUUCCUGUGCAGGCAGAACACUGUGGCCAUGUGGUGCAGGGAGCCUUUGCUCUCUAAGUCAUUCUGACUCCAUGCUUUGAGAGAGAGUAACAUUGACUCCACUGUUUCAUUACAGGUAUGUUGUGUUUCAUUUACUUGGAUGAAUGACUGAAAGGAACUUCUAAUAUUUGUAUCAUGUACUGAAAAUGUAUUUGCACUUACCUUGAGGUUUUUAGAAUCAUUUCUUUACUUAUUCAUUACCAUAACUUUGGUCUCUUUGUUUGCAACAAAGUACACAGGCGGAACAUGCCGGAGGACAAAUGAUUUGGUCCUCUUUACCCUAAGUGUUUAGAUGCUAACAUGAGCUGCUUGUACAUGUAUAUGUAGGUUAAACAUACGAUGACCAUGGUCUAGGGGUCUUAUACAGUAUAUUGGGUAGAAAUGUCUGAGGCGCACAGUACUCGCAUUUCUCAGAUCUCGGUGUUGAUAUUGGCAUUGGGGGAAAGGGUAUUGUGCCAAUUAUUUUGAUUAGGAUCUUGUUUUCGAUAUGUAUUUCGUGAAAACUACGGAUCAAUCCUAAUUCCUUAACCCUAACCCCCUAGGGUGUGUGCAAAAUCGUAUUGAAAUUGGAGGAUUCAGGGCUGUUAGGGUUAUUAAAGUAAGAGGGAUUUGGAAGAGACGUGUAAAAUUGUGCUAAAAAUACAAAACAAGGACCGACGGUAGUGCAGGCUAGCACAGGUGCCUUCAUGUCAUGCGACGUGUAGAUUUGGAAAGUUUUAUGAACAGUCAUGUUAGAAGCGCAAAAGAACAGGUAAGAACGCCUUUAUUUCCAUCUGUGGUUCAUUUUCUUCCUUUUGAAACUAAACAAAACUUCCAAUUUUUCUUUUACCCUCUUUAGCUGCUCGAUCAUCGAUUGGUCAUCGGCGCUGGCAUCACCGGCAUUUAGUACGUCUGAUGAAUAAGGGUCGGUCAAUCUCUUUUGCCUCGGGUCUCCUUGGUUUUAAGUUGGAGGGCUUCUUCUUGUAGAUCUUUCCACCCACGUGACUAAAUGUAAACAACACCACCACGUGUGGACCGCCUUGGCCACGGUGAUUGCAUAU